AUGAGCCUCCAUUCUCCAUCACUCACAACCACUCUCCACCACUCUCCUCCAUUCGCCACCACUCACCACCACUCGCCACCACUGUCCAUCACUCAUCACCACUCUCCACCACUCUCCUCCAUUCGCCACCACUCACCACCACUCUCCACCACUCUCCUCCAUUCGCCACCACUCACCACCACUGUCCAUCACUCAUCACCACUCUCCACCACGCACAACCACUCGCCACCAAUCACCACCACCGUCCACCACUCGCCACCACUCGCCACCACUCACCGCCACCGUCCACCACUCGCAACAACUCUCCACCACUCGCCAACACUCGCCACCAUUGUCCAUCACUCAUUACCACUCUCCACCACUCACCACCACUCGCCAACACUCUCCACCACUCGCCAACUCUCAACACCACUCUCCAACACUCACCACCACUCGCCACCACUCGACAUCGUGAGCCACUACUCUCCACCGCUCACCACCACUCUCCAACACUUGCCACCACUCGCCACAGUUCUCCGGCGCUCUCCAACACUGUCCACCACUAGCCUUCAUAAGCCAACAGACUCCACGAAUCUAGACUAG